CUGAGGCUUGGAACGCAUGGAAGGGUCGCACUUUACGGCAGAAUAUUUCCUGUACAGUAAGCGGCAGCAUGGUGGAGUCUGUGAUAUGUCCAGGCACUGUGAGCAGGGUAAGCUCAGUACUCCAGAGAGAUGUCAAGCAGUUUGGCAAACAGUUUCUUUUUGACCACAGAGAUGAGACGUGUUGGAACUCUGAUCAGGGGUCAUCUCAGUGGAUCGUAGUUGAAUUCCCUCAAAAAGUCUGUGUGUCUGAAAUCCACAUCCAAUUCCAAGGUGGCUUUUCCAGUAAAAACUGCAUUUUAGAAGGAUGCCUUAAAAAUGAAGAAUUAGAGACUGUAACAGACUUUUAUCCAGAAGACAUCAAUGCCCUUCAGAAAUUUGUAUUCACAGAGCGGUGUGUUGAAAGGUUGCGGCUUUCUUUCCCAAGUAGCACAGAUUUCUUUGGAAGGAUUGUAGUUUAUCACCUCGAUGUUCGUGGCUGCAAGCUUUGAGGAUGUUACUCAGAGGCACAUAUGAACUGUACAACAUUCCGAACCAAAGAGGGAGUAAUGAGCACUCACACACUAGAAAAUCAGACAUGUCUUGUACUGUGUGUCCAGUCCUUUGUUUAUAACCGUUAUGAAGAUAUUUUGACAUCACAACUUGAAGUAUAUGUAAACCCAAUCACUUAAAUUGCAUAGAAGAUUUUUAUGUAUUAAUCUAACUUUCAAAGUCAUUUGUAUUAUGCUAAAAUAUGCCUUUAGAAAAUAGUUAAUGAUCAUACCAUGAAUAUCCUUGACCCACUUCUUAUGGAGUGACUAUACACUGUCCCUGUCUACCAGUUGUUCUGCAUUGUCACAUACUCUCCCAAUUCAGAAUGUACAGGCAUAGUCCACUGUUGUAAUCUUGGAAACCCAAGAAAUUGCAUGCAGCAGUUGCUGGAGAACAUGCUUGUAGGCUGUAUGAGUGCUGAUAUGCAACAAACGAUGAUUGAUACAAAGUGCUUAGCAAACCUUACCAUCACCUGCCGUAUUGUUAAAUGAUGGGUAGGGGCGAUGCCAUAUGACGUCAACCCACUCUUGGCGGCCAGCGCGUGCUCUGUCUCUGGGACAUGGGGCUUUAGGCCUAGGACAAGGCUUUUUGCCCAUGUGAUCAGCUGUGUCCAAUCACAGCUGAUCACAUGUAAAUAAGGAAAUGCCAGUUGUCGGCGUUCCUUUCCUCACACCGAGAAGAGUGUAAGGAGAUCAGAGGCAAUUUCUCACAGGGGAGACCUGCACAGAUGAUCAGGGCACCGAUUCAGUGCAACCCCAACAGUGCCACAUAUUCGUGCACACCAGUGAAGAAGAAAAAUUACUCAUUCGCUAAAUUUUGUAACAGGAUUUUUAAGAAAAGAUAAAAUACCUACUGGUAAUUAAAUGCCACCAAAAGAAAGCUCUAUCGGUUUUAAAAAAAUAUGAUAAAACUUUAGUUUGAGUACAGCGUCGUAUGACUGUGCAAUUGUUAUUCGUGGUGCGACAGUGCUGAAAGCUGGCCUGGGUAGGAAGGGGGGUAAAAGUGCCCAGUAGGCAAGCCAUUGGCUGAGGGAGCCAAUUGGCAGACCUUUUUCAGUCAUACCCCUUUGACAGAUGUACACACACGAGCCAAAUGUUGUCCGGUUUCUAUUCAACCGGCUUAUGGGGACCCCCCCCUUUUUUUUUUUUUUAUAAAUUUCCACCUCUCUAUGUACCAAUAUACCAUUAUUGUACCUCUGUUGUAAAAAAUAAAAGCUUUCUUUGAUUUUUAGAACAUGGCCUUACCUUAGCCCCUGAUGUGUUCCAUUAACAGUUCAUGACUUCCUGGUAUGUAAAUUUGAGACGUCAAAACCAGCUGACCUCAUUAGCACACAAACCCUGCACCCAUCAACUGUUUGCAAUGCAUCCCUCUAGGCGUGCCAAUGUAGGUUGCUAUGUUUGCACAGCAUUCCAACGUCCUUCCAAAGCCGUGGGUAGGACACCCCUAAUGUAGUGCAAGGGCCUGCCUGACUGGAUACAGAGUGAAUGGAGAGAUAGGUGGGUCCUCCUAUUCCACAGUUUUGGUAAAUAUAAAUGAAAUUGUAUAGAGAUUGUACAUACAGACACAGUGUAAAGAAAAAUCCAAUACUUUAUUUUUCGAAACAUAAAAUCAUUCUGUUUUAAAGAUAGAAAGACCUUUUUAGUAUAGUUUCUUUUUUUAAUGAAGUAUACAUAAAAGUGAUUGUAAGUUCAUCCAAAAUACCUCCUCUUUAUUUUCUAUUUACACAUUAUUUUUCAGAAACCUGAUAUCUUGGUAGCACAUUUGUCGCUGUUCACAGUUAUGUUGUGGCAUUACAUAUCUUAUGAAUUUGUGAUAAAACCUUAGGAUUAAAAGAAUAUAAGAUCUGUA